CUUUAGAUAUUCCUCAUUCGGUUUGUACCAACCGAGCUGUGAAGAACUCCAAACAUAGCUCAAGUUUAAAAACUGUUCUAUAACUCAAAAAUAAGUAGUGAAAAAAAGCCGUGAAAAUAAUUCAGUGCCUUCAACCCGCCUUGCACAAAAUGUCGAUCUUCGAACAUCCGGACCAGCUGAAGCUGCUGCAGGAUCUACUGAAUCCCAAUCAGAGGCGAGGCGGCAUUGACUACAGCAGCAGUGAGGAUGAGGACGAGUCCAUGGUGGUUCACAAGCUAAAUCCUGGGGGCAUUGGGCGUAGCAAGGAGCCAGAUUCCACCGGCAAGAGUAAAAAGAAACCCAAUCCUUUGGCGACUCCUUUGGUGGAGGAGGAAAAAAAGCAGCCGGAGAAUCUGGAAGAAUGGCAGGAGCAGCAGGAGCGCGAGGAUAACGAUAUACUGGAAACCCGCAAGAGCCCCGAGUAUACGAUGACCUAUCGCCAGGCAGUGGGCACCGAGGACGUCUUCUUGCAGAUGGGCAAUCGCACCGGCUCCUCUGCCAGCUGUGAAGAUCUUAUUCUGGAGAUUUCCCUGCCGGAUGAAGAAAUGGCCGCCGACAAAAUGUCGCUGAGCCUGCAAGAAACGGAAGUAGAUUUGGGUACUGGUUUAUACCGCCUCCGGUUGCCGCUUCCCCAUUCCGUCGAUGUUGACCGAUGUCAGGCGAAAUAUGACAGCGAGCUCAAGAAACUGCGGCUCACUUUGCGCCUGAAACGGGAGCUUGACUACGUUAAUUUUUAAAAACAUACAUUUUCAGUGCCGGUUGUCUCGUACACAUUAAUUACCCUAAAAAAAAAAUAUGAACGAAUAUCUGAUACACAUUAUUUACACUAACCUACUACACAUACUACUUCUGGGGAAAAGUCUUAAAAUGUUUGUGGAUGAAAAAAAAAAUAUAUGUAUCCAAAUUUUCUGUGCAA